CGAUAAACGGGGUAGAAAAAAUAAAUAUAUUACACCUUUUUCUUUUUCUGCUGCCUCUUUGCAAAUCAUUCCCUUUCUUGUCCUAAUCGCUCUUGCCUUCUAUACGCUGCAAGUCUGUUGCCCUUUGCCCCACAUUACCGGAUUUUACCGUGUUUAUAAAAUGUGGUUUACUCGAUUAAAGGACCCUCGUCCAAAUAACCCUCGUCCACCACGUCGUCCUUCUCCUCCUCCCGCGCCACCGGCUCCUCCACCACCUCCAACCAGUCAGGAAAGCAGCGGAAACGAUAGCAACAGUAACUAUGCUAACCGUAACCACGGCAACGACAACCACAACAACGAUGAUACCAGCAGCAGCAAUAGCAGUAGCAAUAGUAACAACGAUGCUCGUCGGGUAAAUCGCCACGACAGUAAUAAUAGCGGCGACGCAAGAUUGGAUCCAGCCAACAGUAAAUAUAAUACCAGCGAGGGGAGCACGGAUCAAAGAGAGCAACGCCGACGGCGGGAUAGUGCUGGCAGCUGUCCUGUUCAUAUACUGAUGUCGCGCUUAAUGGUGGCAUUUAAGACAAGGAUAUGCCAGGUAUUUUGCGUUCCAACAUCAUCAUCAUCAUCAAUAUGAUGCUGGUUACAAGCGUGAUGCAUAUGCAUUACACCUGUUGUAUUUACAAUAUCCCAACCCCCAUCUUUCGCAUCGCUUUUCCAAAACGGCCUGGCCAAUGUAUCGUAUGUUAAUUUUUGUUGUAUCUCCCAUCUGUGAUUCAUUUUCCAAAACAAAUCCCACUACUAAGCAAAUUAUGCAAAUAUAAAAAGAGAGUAAAAGACAAGUAAAUUCUUCAAG